AUGAAAUCAGCCGUGGAUAAAAUGGAGGCGGAAAUCAAUCUGAUUGGCGAUGGCUCAAAGUGUCACAGGCUCCCGACCAUCACAGGCCGACACAAGGAUCUCAAGUCAGUGUCUCCACGCACAGUCAGUCAACUGCUGACAGGGAAAUACGAUGACGUCAUUUCCGGGUACCAGAUCAUCGACUGUCGCUACCCAUAUGAAUAUGAGGGUGGUCAUAUAGAGGGUGCCAUCAAUCUCCACAACGAGGCUCAAAUCUCGGAGUUAGUCACCAACCUACGAGGGAGGGAGUCGACUCAACGGAACAUCCUGGUUUUCCACUGUGAAUUCUCCUCAGAGAGAGCGCCCAAACUAUUACGCCAUCUGCGGAGUAUGGACCGGAAGUUGAAUAGCGACUGCUACCCGUUCCUCUUCUAUCCGGAAGUGUACUUACUGGAUGGCGGUUACAAGGCUUUCUAUGAACAACAUCAGCGACAGUGUCAACCAAACACCUACAUCCCCAUGCUGCACGAGGACUACGCCAGUCAACUACGUCACUUCCGGUCUAAGUCCAAGACGAACAAGACCGCGAAAAACAGAUACGUGCGCAGUCGGAGCUUAGAAAUAGAUGUUUCACCACUAACGUUUUCACACUUAUGA